AUGAGGAACGAGGUGGUGGUGACUUAUAGUAAUAGGGAGGUGGAUGUGAAUGGGAUGGUAUUCGUGGAGAUUUAUAGUAAUAUGGUGGUGGGGAUGAUAGUGAGGGAGGUGGCGAAGACUUAUAGUAGUAAAGAAAUAGAGGUGAUAGCGAUGGUGGUGGUGGUGAUUUAUAAUAAUAUGGUGGGGGUAGACAAUGAGAAGGAGGUGGAGGUGACUUGCAAACAUAUGGAAGUGCUGGUGAUUGUGAUGGAGGUGGUGGAGACUUGUAGGUAUAAGGUGGAGGAGAUGAGGGAGAAGGUGGAAGUGAUAAAGGUUUUCAGCGGAGUUGGUGGUGGAAACGGGUUUGAGAGAUUGAGUUUGGGGACGAAGUCCAUAUCAAAAGCCCGCACUCGAAUCCAUCUCCUCUCCACUCUUCUCCCCGAAACCUCCUCAGUUCUCUCGUUCCUUGCCAACUCCGACCGCCCUGCCCGCUCCCUCCUCCUCUCUUCCGCCGCCUAUUCUUCCAUCUCAUCUUCCCUCUCCUCCCCUUCAUCCGGCUCCGACGACGACUCUCUUUGCCUGUGGCUAUACGACACCUUCCUCUCCGCUGACUCCGAACUCCGCCUCGUUGUCCUCUGCUAUAUCUCUCUCCUCUCCUCCUUCUAUCUAUCCCGCAUCCACUCCUCCUCCACCACAUCCGCUAUCUCACCCACCCCUAAUCUCGCCGGCUUCGAAGCUGUCCUUCUUGUCCUCUACUCAUCUGAAGUCAAGGCUCAUUCGGGUAUACCCGUGCUCAUUUCAAUCCCUGAUCUCUCUCAACCUUCUCUUUAUCACUCCUCUCGAAAUCCCCCUUCGAAUAAAUCGAACCCCAUUAACAAUAACCCCUCGUCUCGGCCUCUAGUCGGCGUUCUAUCGCCUCCUCUCGAACCCCAGAUGGCGGUGAAGUCUACUAAACGAGCUUCCAUUGUAGGCAUUGCCCUUGAUUGUUAUUAUAAGCAGAUUUCGCAAAUGCCCAGUUGGUCAAAGCUUGAUUUUUGCAAAUUUUUGGCAGAUUGGGCAAGUCAGGAUUGCCCUUGUAAAUCUGAUUUCGAUGAUUUUACUACCCAAAAACCUGAUAAUUUUACUGAAAGUAGCCAUGGGCUUUCGGGUGACUCGAGGGGUCACAAUGAGAUUGAGGAUGUUGUGGAAGAAAUUCGGCAUUUGCGAAGUGAGGGGAGGGAUGACGAGUUGAGGUCACAGGGGGUGAGAAUUCCGCUGCCAUGGGAGUUAUUACAGCCGGCAUUGAGGAUUUUGGGGCACUGCUUGCUAGGGCAUUUGAUUACAGAGGAUGUGAAAGCAGCAACUUCAGUGGCAAUAAGGAGCUUGUAUGCUGGGCCUCCCAUGACCUGAACCCGCAGGCCAUUUUGGCGACUAGCAGUCUGAUUUAGCUAGAUAACAGGGCACGCGAGGUUGUUGCUGCAGCUGCAGCUGCCAGUGCUACCUCCAAUGCUAAUACACCCACUCAUUAUGCUGAUGCUAUUGGUCCCUGCUAUGGAAUUCCCAAUUAUUGUGAUGUUUGGCAAUUGAACCUGUUGACAGAGGCUUCGGAUUCGGAUUUGGGUCUAGGAUAUUACAAUCUACCAAUCAAGCUACCAUUUUCGCUUGUGAUAUAUUGCACAUUUUAGAGUUUUGGAAGAUGAGUAGCCGAGGCUACUUAUUAGCUCAAAAAUUGGUUAUAGUGCUAUCUUAUGCUUAGGAAAUGUUUCGUAUAACACAAAAAUGUUUUGGGACUUGGAUUCGUUUUGUACUGCUCCCUUGCCUUAUAUGAUACAACUCAUUCUAAUACUACUUGUCAAACUCUUUAUAAUGUGAUG